CGUCAUCCUGCGCCAGCAAAUCCGAAGCAGCGGCGAGUGGAUCCGCCUCUCGCAAGUGCGUGCUGACGUUAGAGGAGACGCCGCAGCUGGGCUUAGGAGCAUGACGGGAAAUGUAGUCCAAGCAGCCAUUGGAAGGGAAGUGACGGCAGCGGAUGCCGUGUUGGUGACGGUUGCCUGGUGACAGGCGGCCGGAAACGCGGGAGGUUCGAGUCCUGGAGAGAAGAGAGAUGCUGCCCUGGAGCACAGGGUCCUUCAAAGCCGUCCGAAAAUGAACAGUAGUGUUGCUUUGUUCUCCAAUCAAGGCGAUCCUUUCCCAACCCAGGGCCAAAAGAGGUCUCAUUAUCACCCGUCGCAGCCCCAGCCGCUUUCUGAGGGCCAGAAACAGACCGUUCUGAGUCCAGACAGACUACGCUUCCUUCCUCAUCACCUCUACGAGGCACUGAGUCCCACUGACCUCCGCUUCCUAGAGGGAUCCCAGCGGCUAGUGCCGGCCGUUCCCGAAUCUGACUCUUCCGGGCCGUUUGAUGAGUCGUGGCCGUCCUCUGAAGGAAGCAGUAAGACCCCAGAACGGGAUGAGAGAUCGAUUGGUGUCGGCACAGGAACGUCUCAAAUACCGAGAGGCUCUCAGUCCUCUCACCCGGCCACUGAGGAUUCCGUCAUAGCAAAGUACAUAGCAAGGUUCCGCAAUGGGCAUCCCACCAGCCGGCUGGAGCGUUCUCCUCCACAAUCCACAGGGAAAGAUUUCUGGUGGCUGCAGGUUUCCCCCGACAGUCCGGAUGCUCAGAGACACCGACCGGGCUCAGGGAUCUUGGCUGUCUCUGGAUUCUCUCCUCAGUCUCUGGAAAGGUCACCGCUCCUGGGGGAGGGUUCCCUUAGUGACUCCAGGCUGUGUUUUGAGGAUGUGGAUCUUGUCAGCCUUCAGGAGAGAGCAGGGAAGCUCGUACUGAGGAGUGAGUCGUCUCUGAGCAGCGUGGAUCCUGUGAGCUCGGAAGGUCUGGGGUCUUCUCCAUCGUCCGGGGGGUCAGUGUCGGAAUGUGGCAGGAGCAGGACAAGGCAGUGCACACUGGAUGCAGCCCCUGUUGUGCCUGUGCAGCGCCCCCUGGUGACACUACCCAUUCCCUCCAUCCAAACCCAUCCUACGUUGGCCCCCGAGGAGGACAUAUUGUACCAGUGGCGAUUACGCAGGAAGAUGGAGCAGGCACGAGAAGGAUCUUUGCCGCUUACUACCCGAAGACGCGCUCCUUCCCCACCUGUGCGGAUCCCCAAACAGGUCUUUCACACAGUGGAUCCGUCAGAGUCUCCGUGUCAUGUACAGCCACAAGAGGCAGCACUGAGCUCACACGUUCCAGUACAGCGACAAAACCCCACCUGUUACAUCGGCAGUGUCCCGUUAGCCAGUCCAAGCCUCGCCCUUCAUCCUACCUCUAGUAUUGUUCCUCCGCACCUGCACCUUCUGUGUGACAUCCUUCCAUGCGCCCGCAGCCCGCACUCUGCCCCCUGUCCUCCAGGGAGGGAAGAAGCCUCGCACCCGCCAGCAGCUGCCUCCCCAUUAGAUGGAGCGCAGCAUGUGGCAGAGCUGCACAAGUCACAGCCCGAAAAAGCUCUGCAGAAGCCCGAGCAACCGGUAGAAAGGAAGAGCAAAUCUAGAAGGAGGACGAAGGACAGAACGGGAUCAGGCGAACGAAUCCCAGAAAGAAUCAUGGAAGCCCCUGUUCCGGAGUCACCGAUUCACCAAGCAGUGGAACAGGUGAUCUCUGAGCGACUUUUCUCUCCUCUGCCGUCUCCAAAGCCAAAGUUUCAUACGAGGAAGCCGAGGCCGGUCACGCCUCCGACAGAGGAAGACGAGGAACUGCAGCCUGUAGAGAUAGCGGCUCAUCUUCUGGAAGAGGCCGAAGAUUCCGAUGGAACAGAGUUUGCGGAUGACCCAUUACUCCAGGUCCUGCGGGAACAACGAGAGUCGCUGCGAUCGAGACUCCGGGUGGUGGAUUUAAGACUGGCUGAGAUGGAGGGUAAGGGCAGCGGGCACCGGGCACCGCCACACUGACCCCCGCUUUAUCAUUGUACAUAGAAUUUGUAUUUAUAUCAUACAUGUGUGAUUGAGAUUUUCUGUCUAUAAUAAUAAAAUAUUGUGAGAAACUA